UCGACGGCGGAGCGGUUGCGCUCGAAGUCGUUUGGUUUUCUAUUAUAGGCAUCGAGCGGUGACUGUGCUGUGGACUCGCGCAUGCGCACUACGAGCCCCGGAGCCGCAGGAGAUAAUAGCUGUGCUCCGGAGUAAAGGACAGGGACGCCGUGAUGAGUGCCAAAGGGAACGUGGAGGCUCUACCAAAGGAACCCGAUCGCACCCCUGUGGACCCAUGCUCCUCCUCGUCCCCCAACGAGGCCGUCCUCGUCUGUGCGAGUGACGGUGGGGCCAAGAAGGCUCGGCCCCAAGCACACACCGCCACAGCUUUCCUCCUUCCAGCUCCAGCUGUCAGUCAUCAGAAGCUGGAGGUGACUCCAGCUGUUGCCAUGGGAGACCCAGGUAAAGGAGGCAGGGCCAAUGAAGCAGCCACACCCACCCUGACAGCACAGGUGGGCGGGGCCUGUAGCAUUGUCCACGUCCUAGAGUGGAAGGAGGGGGUGGCCAUCCUACCCAGCAGCAACCUCAAGUUCUGUGUGAGUGACGUGGGAACGUUGAGCACACUGAUCACCCCAGGGACCCCCAGCAGCAUCACUGAACCAGCAGCUGGGACCUCUGGGAGAUCUGCUGAGGCCGAGAGCGCACCAGCAGACAAGCCAGAAGUUUCGGCUGCAGUCGGCCCUGUGAGAGGGGGAGUAGUGGAGCCAGAGAGGUUGGUGCCGGUCAAACCUGAAGUCCAGGCUGGACUGGGACAUCCGACCUACGAUGCCAGAGCUCAGAGGACCUACACAGAGGAGCUGCGCAGAGAGCCCAUCCCUGACAAGAGGAUCAUCGGAGUAGAGAAGGUGCCGGCAGGCGGGAGGGUCUCCUCCCUCAACCCCGAUCACCUGAAACCGAUGAGGAAGAGGAAGAGGAAGGAAUACCUGAGUCCCUCUGAGGAAGACUCUGACAUCGAAGGCACGGAUGAGAAAAUGGAUGAUUCUAAAGCAGACGGCCGACACAUCAGAGGAGCUGGAGACAGUAAGACAGAGCAGUGGACGUGGGCUCAGUAUCUGGAGGAAACCAAGGCUGUUGCUGCCCCCAACAAGCUUUUCCAAGAGACCCAGAGAGUGCCAACGGUGAAGAGCGGCUUCAAGCAGGGAAUGAAGCUGGAAGGCAUCGACCCGCAGCAUCCGUCUAUGUACUUUGUUCUCACCGUGGCCGAGGUCUGUGGGUACCGGCUGCGGCUUCAUUUCGACGGCUACUCUGACUGCCACGACUUCUGGGUGAAUGCCAACUCCCCGGACAUCCACCCUGCAGGCUGGUGUGAGAGCACAGGACACAAACUGCACACUCCCAAAGGCUGUAAGGAGGAGGAGUUUACCUGGACCAACUACCUGAGAAUGACUAAAGCACAAGUGGCGUCCAAAGAACUCUUUGCCAGUCCUGGGAGGAUCGACGUGAAGGGCAGUUUUGCGAUAGGAAUGAAGCUGGAGGCCGUCGACCGCAUGAACCCUUCCCUCAUCUGUGUAGCAACUGUCACAGACGUGGUGGACGACCGCUUCCUGGUUCAUUUUGACAACUGGGAUGAUACGUAUGAUUACUGGUGCGAUUCCAGCAGUCCGUACAUUCACCCUAUUGGUUGGUGCCAGGAGAGGAACCUCCCCCUAACACCACCCCAAGAUUACCCAGAUCAGGCCCGGUUCUCCUGGUCUCACUACUUGGGGGAAACUGGUUCCAAGGCGGUGGACGCUGACGCCUUCAAAGUGCGUGCGGCCCACAGCUUCCAGCCUCAGAUGAAACUGGAGGCUGUUGACAAGAGAAGUCCUGGUCUGAUCCGAGUGGCUACAGUGGAGGAGGUCGAUACUCACCGCAUUAAGGUCCAUUAUGACGGCUGGAGUAAUGUCUAUGAUGAGUGGGUGGACUCGGAUCACCCGGACAUCCACCCAGCAGGCUGGUGUGAGGCGACCGGUCACCCACUCAAAGUCCCCCCACGGGACACCAAAACGCAGCAGCCACAUGGAAGCAACCAGCACUUCAGUCCAAACUGUGUGAGGGAGCCUCCGACCACAGGCCAGUCCACCUACCCCUCCUCGGUUCCCUGUAAACCCAUCAGCCACCCCAGAGCCAACAAGUACAGCUUCCACAACAGGAAGUGUCCGACUCCUGGUUGUGAUGGCUCGGGCCACGUGACCGGCCGCUUCACUGCCCAUCACUGCAUAUCGGGCUGCCCAUUGGCUGAGCGUAACCAAGGCAGGCUGAAGGCCGAGCUGUCAGACUCAGAGUGCAAGAGGACCCUCUUCUUUGGCCAGAGGACCAAGAAGACACAUUUCCGUGGCAGGAUUGGCCGUCCUCCCAAAUACAGGAAGAACCAGCAGAGAGACUACCAGAACAUGUCUUCGGAGGACGUGUACCCGUCACUGUUCAUGUCAGCUCUGAGCAGCCAGUCAGACAGGACUCUGUCUCUUUGCUGGGAGCAGCACUGUAAGCUGCUGCCCGGCGUUCAGGGCAUUCACGCCAGCCAGGUGGCAGCAUGGAGCGUGGAAGAGGUCUUCAUGUUUGUCCAGAAUCUAAUCGGCUGUGAAGAACAGGCCCGUCUCUUCAAAGAAGAGAUGAUUGACGGGGAGGCCUUCCUGCUGCUGACACAGACCGACAUUGUGAAGAUCAUGAGCAUCAAGCUAGGCCCCGCCCUCAAGAUCUCCAACGCCAUUCUCAUGUUCAAGAGCACAGACGAGGUACUCAAGUGAUUCACCCCCCCCCCCUCACCUGACCUGACCUGUUGUGUUGGGUUAGGAAUCAUCAUGUGCCAAGUUCAUUUUGUUGCAGGGAAAAGACCCUGAUCCCUUUUUUUCAUGUGUUUGGUGUCCUGUACCCAUCAGAGAGGCAGUGGGAAGGGGGGGGGUGAGACUUUUGAUCAGGGUUUGAAGAAGAAAGGAAAUGAGGAAGUACAGAUAUUGUUGUGGAGUAAAUGUCUUAAAGAUGAUGCUGUGACAAAUUGGUGCCGAGAUAGAUAUACAGAGGGAGAUUAAUGUAAGAUGAAACCUCCAGGGUUACAGUUGCAUUAGAAGCCUGAGUUGGAAUAGAAGUAAUUCUAAAGAAAAUCAAAUUUAGCAAAAAAAUGUCUACACUUGGUUUGGGGGGAAACGCGGCCAAAAAUAUGAAUUAAAUGCAGUAAACGAGGCUGGUCAGUGAGGCUCCUACAAGCCUCACGUGUUGUGCAAUAAAAAGUUGAGAAAGAAGCACUGUAGUGACACUUCAUGUUACUGCUCCUUUAUGCUAUGGGACUGUUCUGUAACAGAGUAAGGAAAAAAUGAAAUAAAUACGCUGUGUUGUUGAGACUGUUGGGAAAAGGUUUUCUAUUUGUGGCAGAUGUGUGAGUUGAAACAGAAAAGGCCUUUGCUCAGAUUUAUGCUCAUUCUGAAGCAUAAAGUCAUUGGUAUUUAAAUUCUCCACAUUGUGCUUUCUCACUGCACAACUAAUGUGAGAACUCAUCCGAUCCAGGAGCUGUAAUUUAAAACAUUUCCCUCUAAUAUGAAAUCUGAGUGAGAUAACAGAAACGACACAGGGUUUUUAUAUCUUUAUGCAAAGAUCUGAAAUUAUUUUUUUUGCAAUUAUUUAUAGAUGAAAAAGACAAUUUUAGCACAACUGUGAAACCCAAAUGGAUUUUACACAAUGGAUGUUGCCACACUUGGUCACUAGAGAGUGCAAUAAACUUUUUUUUUGCUAGCAAGUUUAUGAAGCUCUCUGCAGUUUACUUGUGAUGGAAACAACAUUUAAAGUGUGUUCUGCAAAAUGUUUACAUUAUACAUCAGAAUUGGUUUAAAAAUAACACUGUACGGAUUGUAUAUCGUGAGAUGAAAGUUGUUUUACCGGAGUGUUUUAAGGGCUCUUGGUAUCUUCUUUGUGUGUCUCUCUGGUGGGAUUUGUGUGUAUGCGUGUGUGUGUGUGUGUGUGUGUGUGUGUGUGUGUGUGUGUGUGUGUGUCCGUGCGCGCGCAAGUGUCAAGAUAAUCUUGGGUCACAAAUGUCAUUAAAUCCAUAUGAAUUAAUAAACAACCGAAGCUGUCUUGUAUGAUUAAAGAUGCUGCCUG